AUGGCUGGCAACCCAGACAAACAUUUCCUUAACAUCGGAUUGAAAUAUUCAAGGAAGAACGGACUAGAAAUCCUGAAAUUAAUUGAUUCGAUCGGGAAAGUAACUGCAAAGUCACCCGAUCGUUCUCAGACGCAUGGAAAUAGAAAAACUAUCCUACAAGAGAAAUGUACCCAAGUCCAGGAGACAGACAUAGACAAUAUCACUCCGGUAUACUUUUAUUCCAAAUCCAACAAUGUGGCGUUUUGUAAAGCACCAAAGACAGGAAGUACCUUCAUCGGAAUCGUGGUAAAUUUACUAGAGUAUGAAGGAAAUCUUAAGGAAAACAUGUUUUAUGUAAACCGGGAAAUAGUGCACGGUAGAAAUGAAGCAACUCUUGGCACCGUAAUGAAACGUAGAUCACGUGAUAUGAAGAUGACCCUUGUCACUAGAGAUCCAUAUACCAGGCUAUUUUCGGCCUAUUUAGACAAAUAUUUUAUCUUGGGUAUAUGGGGAAGAGAAUUGGCUAAGACCAUAGCUAAAAGUCACCGAAAAAUAAGAGACGGUUUCUGUGGAUUUGAUAUUUCAUUUGACGAGUUUUUAAAUUAUGUGACGAAUAUUAGUCUCGGCGACAGGCGGGUUGACAGGCACGUUUUGCCCGUGUCGAGUCUGUGUCAUCCAUGCUCUGUACGCUAUGACGUCAUAUGUAAACAAGAGACACUGACUUCUGAUACAGAGCAUGUCCUAGAAGUGAUGAACAUCACCGAUCAGAAGCGACGCGCUGUGAUGGAUAUGAUUGGUAGAAAAACACAGAAGGAUAACUUACCUGCGUUUACCGCCGAUAGCGUGACAUCUCUCAUUAUAGAACAAAUACAUCGCAGCCCUGUAACAGAGCGUCAGAGACUCCGACAAAGGGAACGCGCAUUACGAGACGCCUACGAUAGUGUUAAGUCUGAUACGAUCGCAAAAGUGCAAACUAGAUUUUCACAAGACUUUCAACUUUUUAGCUAUGAUCGGUCUCCUCCUCACUUUGUUCAAAGGUAG